CUUUGAUUAUUUUGACGAGAGCCUGAUUCCACCCCGCUGCCUCACAUAUUAUGUUUUUGUGGAAAAUAGCGAGUCUUGAAGGAAAGUUAUUGUGUUUACAUUUCAAUACUGUCUUGAAUGACAAUUAUUGUGUGGAAAUCUUGACAGAGUCUAAGACACUUUGAUUGUCUUAGACAGGUGCACGUCUUAGACAGUCUCAUUAUAAUUUAUUUUUUUAUAACGCAUGGGGGAGGGGGGGGUGGUUAAGAAGUGUUUGUUUGUACAGGUGAUUAUCUUGGACAGGUGGUCGUUAAAGCAGGCUGGAUUGUGUGUUCUGAAGGACAAAACUUAAGUCACGUUGUCGCAUUGGGUUCACACACAUCCUGCCUUUUGUUGAGAGCGGAAAGAGACCCGGGAUGUGCAGACCACUUGAAUCGGACAGAUCCAGUAUUUGUACAUGCACGUCGUCGGUACCCCCGGCCCAUACAGCAGUGACGGCCGCGUUAUCCCUGCUGCUGUCAUGUGUGCUCAUGUGGAUCCUGGCCUGCACCUCCCAUUUCUGGGCUCGGGACGGCCUGUUUUCUGUGGGUUUGUUCGCGACUUGUGUUGACGAACAGUGCUUCCCGACGGACAAGGACAAAGGUAUUGUAAUGACGGCCGCCAUCAUCCAAUUCAAACUUGGCCUUGACCCAGAGCACAUGGGUUCCGUGGGUCCCAGCUGGUACAUGGCUCUCACCUGCGCUCUCCUUGCCCUGGCCAGCGGCGUAUGCCUGGCUUAUGCCGUCAGACACUGGGACCUGGGCACACCCUGCAACCUGACCUAUGCUGCCCUGCUAGAUGAGAACGAGGUGGGGGAGGUGGGGGAGGUGUGAGAAGGUGUGGGACAGCGGUCUGCCGCUGCUGAACUUGAUUGAGGUUGUGGUCAUCUCAUCACUCAGUGGUCACUUCAUCACUCAGUGGUCAUCUCAUCACUAAGUGGUCAUCUCAUCACUCAAUGGUCAUCUCAUCACUCAGUGGUCAUCUCAUCACCCCGUUUGCCUUACAAUCUAGGGAUUACCCUGUGAUCAUCAAUUAAUAACCCUGUGGUCAUUUCACCACUCUGUGACCGAUGUCUUGUGAUCAUUUCACCACUCUGUGACCGAUGUCUUGUGAUCAUUUCAUCACUCUGUGACCGAUGUCUUGUGGUCAUUUCAUCACUCUGUGACCGAUGCCUGGUGAUCACUUCACCUUUCAGUGGUCAUUUCAUCACCCCGUUUACCUUACAAUCUGGGAAUUGUGGUAAUUAAUUAAUAACCCUGUAGUAAUUUUAUCACUCAUUGAUCAUUACUUUGUGGUCAUUUCAUUAUAUAAUAAUCAUCACCUUGCUGUAAUGUCCUCCCCCAAUGGCCAUCACCCUGUGGUAUUCACUCCGUGAUCCUCAACCUGUUGUCAUCUCAUCAUCCAUAUACCACCAAGACAGACGUAUAGACAAAUAGAUGGGCAUGCAGGCAAGAAAAUCGAUAGACAGUUCAAUAGACAGAUGGAGUGACUGUCGUGCGUAAAGAGUAGACAACAAAAGAGAGGCAGAUAAAGAAAAAAAUGAGGUUAGAAACAGAGAGUCAGAGAGA